AUGAGUGCUGCUGGAUUCAAUUAUACAGGCAACGGGGACACGGUCCGCUGUGAUACUUGUGAACUAGAAGUAUACGGGUGGACAUUGGAUAUGAAGCCAUUUACUAUUCAUGCACAACGCAGCCCCAAAUGUGCAUUUGUUCGCUCUAUGGUGCCCGAAGGAAUAACACCUGUCUCCUCAACGAUAAAUCUUCUUGCAACAACUUCAGUGUUAAUGAAUGAUGAACAGCCAUCUAAACGUCACAAAACCGAAACAAUACAAGUAAUUAGUCAGUCAUAUAGACUUAUCGAAAUUGACAUACUUAAACAAAUACGAAAACGAACAUUUUCUCAUUGGCCACAUCGAACAUCACCUUCAAGCGCUCAAAUGAUCGAAGCUGGGUUCUUCCACUGUAAUGUUGGAGACCGUGUCAUUUGUUUGUACUGCAAUGUCAUUUGUCAACAAUGGACACCGCAUACCGAUGACCCAUGUGAAAUACACAAAACGCUUUCUCCUACUUGUCCGUAUGUUAUUGCAAUGCUACAGCGCCCGGAUAUAUCAUCAAUUCGUAUUGUUAAUGAACAACUCACGAGGGAUAACUCCAUAGUGACGCCAAAUAACGAUACAUUUAGGAGUAAUGAAAUUGUUUAUACCGCUGCAUGUCAUACAAAUUAUAUUGAAAUUCCUAGACGUCACGCUUCUUUUGCUACAUGGUCAAGCGAAAACUUACCAUCUGCUGAUGAUCUAGUGAGAGCAGGCUUCUUUUAUACAGGUAGCAAAACUAUUGUGACAUGCUUCUAUUGCAAUGGAUCAUUGCAGAACUGGGGAGCUAACGAUAAUCCCAUGAUUGAACAUGCUCGAUGGUUUCCACAUUGCGCAUAUGCUAAACAGUUGUGCGGUGCAGACCUAUAUCGAAAAAUUCAAGAAUCGAAAAGAGCUCAACAAGGUUUACCGUCUUUUUUGUUCAACUCAAUCAAUAGUUACUGA